GCAGACACCAGGCUACACAUAGAAACUUAAUUCUAGAUUCUGAACAAAAUGAAAAUUAUUUCAUCAAAACGCUUUAUUUUAUUGAUUUUAGCCACUUCAAGCUUGUUAACAUCAAACAUCUUUUGUACAGAUGAAUUAAUGAUGUCUAAUCUUCACAGCAAAGAAAAUUAUGACAAAUAUUCUGAGCAUGAAGGAGACCCUAAGGGGGAAAAGGAAAGAAGUCUCAAUUUUGAAGAACUAAAUGACUGGGGUCCAAGAACUGUCAUUAAGAUGAGUGCACCCACAGUCAACAAAAUGCCACACUCGGCAGCCAACUUGCCAUUGAGAUUUGGGAGGACCAUGGAAGAAAAAAGAAGCACUGGGGCAAUGGCCAACCUGCCUCUGAGAUUUGGAAGAAAUAUAAAGGAAAGCAUCUUAAGACAUAUUCCUAACCUGCCCCAAAGGUUUGGGAGAACAACAGCCAAAAGUGUCGCCAAGAUGCUGAGUGAUUUGCUCCAACAAUCCAUGCAUUCACCAUCUGCCAAUGAGUUACUUUACUCCAUGAACUGCCAGCCUCAAGAAAUCCAGAAUCCUGAUCAAAAACACCCAUGGAGACUGGGACUCAAGGAAAUAGAUGAUGCAGAACUGAAACAAGAAAAAUAAGAAGUCUGGAGCUUGUCCCUACAGAUGAUAUAAAGCUGUGGCCUGUAGUCUGC